AUGGUAAAAAGAAACAACAUGAAUGAUGAAGAAAAAGUAUUAUAUAAAUUUAUAGAAAAUAAAAUUCUUCUAAAAGAGUUUUGUGAUAAUUAUGUUUCAAUAAAAAAAAACGAAGAAGCUCUAAAGGAAGAAUAUAAUAAAGUAAAAUUAGAAAAUCUACAACUUGAGAAUGAAAAAAAAAAAUAUGUAGAAAUCAUAAAAAAUAUAGACUUAAAAAAAGAAAAAGAAAUUGAUAGUUCCAUGUUUGAAUAUGAUACAAAAAUUAAAAAGUUAGAAAAACAAAUAGAAUUUCUAAAUGAUUCAUUAAAUACAGAAAAAGAAAAUUAUAAUCACAAAGUUAAAGAAUAUAUGUGUCUACAAGUUGAAUAUGAAAAAUGUAAGGAAUAUUUAAACAGAGAUAAAAAUAAAAAUGUUAUAGAUAUUAUACAUAAUAAUAAUAAUAAUAAUAAUCAAAAUGACAUGAAUCAAAAUAACGUUAAUCAAAAUAACGUUAAUCAAAAUAACAUCAAUCAGAAUAACAUCAACCAAAAUAACGUUAAUCAGAAUAACAUCAAUAUACUCAAUAAAAUAUAUAUUAAUAUUAACGAAAAAAUAAAAGACCUUUUACAACAAAUCAAAGAAAUAAAAACAUGUAGAUAUUAUAUCGAACAAAAUAUGAAAGGUUAUCAAUCUCUUUUAAAUGAUUAUUUAAAAAAAAUUACAGAUCUAAAUUUAAAAUAUGAUGAAUGCUAUAAAUUAUAUAAACAAACUCAAUACAAAAAUUUAAUUUAUAAAUGGCAAAAAAAACUUUUUAUAUGCGAAAUAGAAUUAUUAAAAAAUAAUAAUCAAAUUUUAACAAAUCAAAUAAUAUUGUUCAAAAAAAAUAUUAAAAAAGUUGAUGAAGAAAAAAAAGAAUAUUAUACAUUAUUAAAAAAAGCAGAAAAAGAAAAUUUUAUAUUCUUACAUAAAUUAAAGAAAAGAAAUUAUACAAAAAUGUUACAAGAUUUAGAGAAUACAAAUACGAAUGCAAAUACGAAUACAAAUACGAAUACAAAUACGAAUACAAAUAAGAAGACAAAUACGAAUGCAAAUACGAAUACAAGUACAACCUUUUCAUGUUCAUCAAAAGAUCAACUAGUUCAAAAAACCAAAGAACAUAUUUUACAGAACAAAAUACAUAAUGAUAUAAAAUAUGAACAACAUAUUACAUAUAAGAAAGAUAUGAUUCAUGAUAAGCAACUAAUAAAUGACAAUAAUAUAAUACAUAAUAAUAAUAAUAAUAAUAUAAAACAUGAUGAACAUACAAAACUUGAACAAGGUAUAUCACCUCAUUCAAAGGAAUCAUCAAAGGAUAAAACAACAUGUAUAAUAAACACUACUAGUAAAGAAAAUGUAUCAGACAUUAAACAAAACAUAACAAAUAAACAAAUCAUUAAUGUUAAUAAUAUAAAUUCAAAAAUGUUAUUUGUUUCAAAUAAAGUACUACUAGAAAAGGAAACUAAAAUAAGAAAAGGCAUGUUAUUUUUUUCAGAUAAUGAUACAGACAAAAGGAAAAGAAAAAAAAUAUAUAUACACUAUUCAUUAUAA